AUGGCUACGCACCUCCGGAGCGGAAGCGACGCAAAGUCAAGCGGCUCUACCAGCCGCAAGAAACAGCCAAACGACAACAUCGAAAUGGUUCCUACGCGGAGUGCCGAAACAGGAUCCAGCGGCGCUUUCAAGCUCGAUGAGGCAAAUUCCGUUGAAAAGACGGGAUACAUGUUCUCGACGAAGAAGAAGUGGCAGAUUCUGACUGUUGUGGCUUUGUGUCAGACUAGUAUGAAUUACAAUGCAGCAGUCUACUCAAACGCCAUCGGGCACCUCAACACCCACUACAAUCUCGGAACCAAUCACUUCAACAACGCCAGAGCGGGAAUGGCCUGGUUCCUGAUUCUGUACGGAUUCGGAUGCGAACUCUGGGCUCCUUGGUCCGAAGAGUUUGGCCGGUGGCCCAUCAUGCAAGUAUCACUCUUCACUGUCAACAUGUGGCAGAUACUUGCCGGUGCCAGUACUUCCUGGCAUCAAGUACUAAUUGCACGUCUCUUUGGUGGUCUUUGCUCUGCAGGCGGCUCCGUGACCCUUGGAAUGGUUGCCGAUAUGUUUGAGCCUGAAGAGCAGCAGAUGCCCAUUCUCUGGGUCAGUCUGUGGAGUUGUCUGGGCUCCGUCAUCGGUGGCAUUUGUGGUGGUCCCAUUGAGCAGUUCCUGGGCUGGCGCUGGAACUUCUGGAUCCAGCUGAUGCUCGGUGCUACUGUUCAGGCUAUCCACGCGUUUUACGUUCCUGAGACUAGAGCGACGGUUAUGCUCAACAAAGAAGCGAAGAGGCGACGUAAAAUCAAUCCGGACGACAAUGUCGUUGGACCAACUGAAGAGAAAAAACUCGACUGGAAGAAGGUGGGAAGCAUCAUGGGCCGUCCAUACAAGAUGCUUGUUUGCGAGCCCAUUGUUGGGUUCUUAUCGUUGCUGAGUGGGUUCAGCGAUGCACUCAUCUUCAGCUUCCUGGAGUCAUAUGGCUAUGUGUUUGGUGAGAGCGGAUGGGGAUUUACACCCAGCAAGCUUGGACUUGCGCUAUUUGCUCUCUUUAUUGGCUAUUGGCUAGCAGGAGUGAUAUAUUUCCCUAUCAUUAGACGUCACAACCAGUUGCGUACAAAGGGCACGGUACUCAGCCCUGAGAGUCGACUCUCAGCUCUCCGCUGGGUGGUGUUGCUGUUACCGAUCGGCUUGUUUGGAUCAGCUUUCGUCGUCACGGGGCCGCCUCUUCCAUGGAUCGCACCGCUCAUCUUCGCAGUACUCAUCGGCUGUGCCAACCUUGCAAUCUAUUUUGCCACAAUCGACUACAUGGUGGCCGCCUACGGUGGAGAGUAUUCUGCUUCGGCCACCGGCGGCAAUGGUUUCGCUAGAGACGUUCUCGCUGGUAUUUGUUCUUUCUACACCGGCCCAAUGUACAAGAAACUUGGCGUCCAAAACUCUACGUGGGUACUUUUUGCAGUUUCUGCAGGCGUCUGUAUACCAAUGUUUUGGAUCUACAAAUGGGGACCUCGGAUCAGAGCUCGCAGCAAGUAUGCCGAAAAGAUUCAGGAAGAGCGUGAGAAGAAUGCCGCGGCUAAGGAAGCAAUGCAGUCCAGGCGGGAGGCUCUGCUCCAGAUAAACCAGGUACAAGUAUAG